UUGAACCCUCAGUUCCAUUUCAGUUUUCUUGUUCUUUUUUCUGGUGUCAGCAGAUGAUAAAAAGAUCAUUCUGGUUGUGAUGCAUCACACCCGAGAUGUCGACUACUCAACCGGUGGGACGAAGUGGUCGGAGACCUUCAGGAAUGUUGUCCUGGAUGUUGAUGUCCUCUUCCACGAGACUGCAGGACUACUGAACUGUAGAGGAAACAUGGCUGCUGUCAGACAAAUACAAGAUGCUCUAGCUCAGUUUAAUAAUAGUUUAAGUGUUAGCAGUUCUGAUCGUUCUGGCUUCAUUAACUUUCUAUGGACGAUGAUGAUGUCGCUCUACUCUAUCUGUAUCGCUCUAUACUGGUUCAUAAGAACUUGGGUAGCCCAGUCUUCUGGUGAUGCAGUUAAAGUUUACAAAGUCACUACAGGAGAAACAUUUGGGGCAGCGGAAGACCUGCAGAGACAACUGAAAAGUGAGCUGCAUGUGACGUAUACAAACCAACAGGACAGCGAUGUCAUCAUUGUCUUCUGUCCAAUCAGCUCUCGUGUUGGGUCAGAUGUGGAUGCAGCCAUGAGGGACGUGUCAGAUGAUAAAAAGAUCAUUCUGGUUCUGAUGCAUCACACCCGAGAUGUCGACUACUCAACCGCUGGCAAGAAGUGGUCUGAGGCCUUCUUAAACGUUGUCCUGGAGGUUCAUGUCCUCUUUCAUGAAAGUGUGCCAGGACUACUGAUGUGUGAUAAAAACAGGGAGGCUGUCCAUCAAAUCGAGCAUGCUGUAGCUCAAGGAUAUCGGUGUGGGGAAAGUAUUUGUGGCGCUUCUCACCAAGAUCAUAGUGGAUUCUUUUGGAUUAUCAUAAUUACAGGGUUGAAAGUCUGUGCAUGGCUCAGGAAAGUCUGUGCAUGGCCCAGGAAAGUCUGUGCAUGGCUCAGGGAAGUCUGUGCAUGGCUCAUGAAAUGCUUGGUCAGACUUAUACGAUGAAUCCUGAACUUUUUCCAUCUAUUCAUCCAUUAUCUACGCCUGCUUAGACCAGUGCAGGGUCAAUGGAAUCUGGGGAAUUAGACAGGAGUACCCUGGAAAGGUCACCACUCCAUUGCAGGUACACACACUGAUAAACAAUCACACAUGCUCACACUCAUUCCUAUGAGCAAUUUGAAAUCACCAAUUAACUGGACAUAUGUGUUUUUGGACUGUGGGAGGAAGCUGGAGAAAACGCUGGUGAAGCGUUGUACAAUCAUAAGAUAGUGGAGAUAGAGGACUGAAAAAUUGGUGUUUGGUUAGUUCCUGUUUUAUUUUGAAAGUCUGUCUUUAGUUUGCUUUGAACUGAUUUACUCCCCCUGGAUGGAUGGAUGGAUGGAUGGAUGGAUGGAUGGGUGGAUGGAUGGAUGGAUGGAUGGAUGGAUGGAUGAAGGGAUGGA